AUGGAUCAAGUUCUUCAAGAUAAUGCCCAGCUUGGCAACAAGAAGAAAGUGCCAAGUGAUUUGGUUAUGUCUAUGAACGUGAUCCUAUACUGCAGUGAGCUCGAUAUUGAGAUAGUUGGUAUUGAGCUGAUCGACUUCUCCCUCAUCGUCCUCAGCAUAUAUCGCUCGCCCGAUGGACAGGUUCAACAGUUCUUCGAUCUGCUCGACCAGUGUCUAGACUACCUUGCUGGUUUCAAGAAAAACAUUAUCUUGGGCGGAGACUUUAACAUAACCCUCAACGCCAAUGAUGUAGUGGCCAGUGACUUCGCAGAUCUACUACGCUCUCAUGGACUGUUCAUCACGAGUCUUCUGCCUACGCGUGGACCUCGCUGCCUUGAUACAGUGGCCACAGAUCUUAACACAUGGGAUUACCAGGUUUGGACAACUGAACCAUAUGUGGCGGACCAUCAAGCGGUUCUCAUGAAAGCCAACUCCAGUAUGGUUCCCUGGGAUGAUGUGCUAUACCAUAAGCAAGCCGAAUCGGCUUUUGAGGCAUUUUUUGAGGCAUACAUUUCAGUUUUUAAUACUUUUUUCCCCGUAAAAGUCAGCAAAAAGGUGAACCCUCAAACCAAAAAAAAACCGCUCAGGCCUAAGGACAAAACUUGGUUUACUGCCGAGUUGAAGCAGAUUCAAAUGUUUGUGCUAGCAUUCAGGGAUAGAUACAUGGCGGCGGAGACUCUCGCCAAUAGGGACCAUUUCUAUACUCUUUACACCAGAGCUAAAAGGUUGUAUAGGAUUAAAAUAGAUCAGGCAAAGAAAGCUUCAAAUGUGAGGCUAAUUGAAAGCUCGCUUAAUCCUUGCAAGGCGGUAUGGAAUUUGGUCAACAACAACCGUGAUACUGGUCAAGUGCUGUCACCUGCCUCUAAAUGUACUGCUAGUCCCGAUGACUUCAACACCCAUCUCAUCGGUACUGUAGCGGGCAUAGUAGGCCUCGCUCCUGUUGAUAGCAACGAAAUAGUCAAAGACAUACAGUCUCCCGAUAUCAACCUUUCAACCUGGCAACCUCUUACACCAGAGAGCCUUGUCACCAUGGUAGGCCAUUUUAAGACCUCUCACAGCCCCGACAUAUAUGGAAUGACUACUGUCAUCCUAAAGCACACUAUAAACAUUGUUGCCAUACCUCUUUGCCAGGUCCUGAACUCCUGCCUAAGUGCCGGAAUAUUUCCUAGAAUCCUAAGGGUGUCUAGAACUGUCCCCAUUUACAAAAAAGGUGAUCCAGCAAGUGUACAGAGCUAUAGACCUAUAUCUAUUAUACCAACUUUCGCUAAGGUCUUUGAAACCGCCAUUAAAUUCCAGCUAGUCUCCUAUCUUGAACGCAAUAACCUGCUGUCUAAUCUGCAACACGGCUUCCGUAAAGACAGAUCAACUGUCACUGCCGUCUCUGAGCUCAUACAUCGCGUUCAACAAGCCUUUGAGGAUACCAACACUGUUGCCUUGACAUUAUGUGACUUGAGCAAGGCAUUCGAUUGCGUCUCACAUGACAUUCUCCUUGCUAAAUUAAAUAAAUAUGGGCUGUGCGGUGCAGUUUACGACACCUUUGUCACAUAUUUGGGGAACCGACAGCAGAUCGUCUCAAUAGCCGGAGCUAAGUCCCGAGCUCUCAAUGUUCCUCACGGGGUGCCUCAGGGGUCAGUUGUGGGACCUGUCCUCUUUCUGAUAGCCAUAAAUGACCUUGAACUAGGUGGCAAUGCACUCAGGUUUGCUGAUGACACUACCCUAAUUUCUGUUGGUGACAAUCCAGGAACGGCUUCAGAAAGAGCUGAAGUGAUGUUUAGGGCAGCAAAAGAUUGGUUUGAGACAAACAAACUAAAACUCAACCAAGACAAGACACAAAAAAUCUUGUGUUCACUUCAGUCAAACUUGGCUCAGGACGUUGAUACGGUAAAUCUACUGGGCUUUACGAUCGACCCAAAGCUGAGUUGGAAAGAUCAUGUGGAUAACGUGGCAAAGAAAUUAUCAAGGGUUACACAUCUUCUCAGGAAACUAACAAGACUAGUUGAUAGGGCUUAUCUAGUUGUGGUUUACCACGCAUUAUUUCAUAGUCACGUCACUUACGGUCUUCAGCUAUGGGGUCAUGCAUCCAAUGUCUCCAGAAUCCUUAAACUGCAGAAGAAAGCUCUGAGAAUCAUGACUGGCAGUGGGCGACAGGAGCAUUGCAAGCCUAUUUUUGUUGACUUGGGCAUACUUACCAUACACAGCAACUACAUCCUUCAAUGUGUCAGCUACGUACACUCCAAUGUGCAUACCUUCACCACCAGGCAGCAGGUGCUUGCGCACAACACCAGGCGCAAAGACCACAUUGAUGUGCCCUAUUGCAGGCUCAGUAGGACAAAGGAUGCUUUCCCGGUCAUGGCCCUCAGACUGACCAAUAAGUUGCCGGUUGCAGUUAGGGACUUAAACAAAAACCAGUUUCAAGCCAGGUUAAAGUGUUGGCUAAAAGCUAGGCCAUAUUACUCGCUUAAGGAGUUCUUUGAGGACGACCUCACGGGACUUUAA